AUGCUAAUGGACGACGCCCUGUCUUUGUGUCUAGGUCAAAAUAGUGGCUUCAUGACCACUCGCUACGAUUUAACAAAUUCAAGCCACGCUAACAUGAAAGACAUCCUAAUAAACGAAUACGACAACGUUCGAAGUAACGUCAACACUCUGCUCGUUCUGGGUCAGAAAACAGCGGAGUUGCUGGAUGUGUUCAACAGAUCGAAGUGGCCCUUUAACCAUUACAUUCAUUAUGCAACCAACUCCAAAUGGAUUAUCAUUGACAAAGACAAAAACUUUACCAAAUCCCUAGAUACGCUGAAGCAAAUGAAUGUGUUGGUAAUUGGGCAUCACGGUUCGUGCGUUCACUUGUACUGCCCUAUAAACGGAACGGAGUUGGACCUUCGAUGUAUGGACAUGGCGGAUUAUCAAAACAUAAGCAUUGGUGAUCUUCAAACAGCACCAUGUGACGAACGCGACUUCUUUCCAAAUCUGAAGAACAAACUCAGUAGGUUGCAUUUGAACAUUGGUGUUAUCGAAUCUGUUUCCUUCUUUGAGAUUCACGUAGACGGAAACAACGUCACUGCGUAUACUGGAAUUAUUCCGCUGCUUGUAAAAAUUCUUGCAUAUGAAUUGAAUUUUACGUACUCGUUUGUGCUACCAGCCGAUCGAAGUUGGGGUAUUAAAGAAAAUGGAGAAUGGAACGGGAUGAUCAAAGAUCUCAUAGAGCACAGAACGAACGUGAUUGCGGCUGAUCUAACCGUGACUAGCGAACGAUUUGAGGUGGUCGAUUUUGUGUUCCCAGCAAUAAUGAUACAAGACCUAGGCAUCCUUUAUAGAAAGGGAAUCCAGGGCCAAGAAAGCGAUUGGAUUCGCGUCUUUGGACCAUUGGAUCCAAGCGUAUAUGCCGUAACGUUUUCGUGUCUUAUUGUGGUCGGUGUUCUGUUGCUAGUGUUAGAUCGGGACCAGAAAUCGAACACAUUCCUCAUGCACAUCAAACGAUUGAUGAACGUGGAAUAUGUGUCAAGCGUUAUGUUGUCUGUGAUAGGUGUAGUGUUGCUGCAAGGGAAUGGCUUGCGACCGAGAACGGCAUCUUCGAAGAUGCUGGCCGCGACCUUCUGGAUGUUCUGCAUCGUCAUAACUGGAACAUAUAUUGGCAAUCUGACUGCUCGCAUGACGAUCAGCGUAGUGAGUAAGCCUUUCACCAACCUUGAAGGGCUGGUAGCAUCAAAGGACUGGACUUGGGGCGUUGGUGGUGAAUUCACUGCGGAUAUGAUUCGUCUACAUCAAGAGGUUACGAUGAAAAAGGUGUGGAACGGGCUCGUCAAUCUCAAUAGGACAGUUCCGGGGGUGCUUGAUUUUAACAAUACAUUUCAAUUCAGUCGAAUCUUAGAUCCAAGUCUGAAGUAUGCAUAUAUCGUUUUAGACGCUAAGUAUUUUGUGAACAACCGGAUGGACUGUGCAUUUGAGCUAUCAGAUAGCGUCCUAUCGGGGUUGUCGAUAGCUUUAGCAGUCAACAAAAACUCGUCGUUGAGGGCCGAAUUCGAGAAGGUAAUGUGGGGACUCUUCAACAAUGGGAUUUUGGACAAAAUUCACGACGACCACUACCGUGAUAACAGACCACUCAGCUGCUUGAAGCCCACACCAAGAAAGACGGUACAGGCAAAUGACUUACUUGGUGCAGUUUUGGUAGUAAUAUUUGGAGUAGGUUUGGCGUUCAUUGUGUUGCUUCUGGAAUGGAUUCCAAGAUUCUGUAAAAGCUGUCGUAAAGAUGACAAUAGACAUUGA